CAACCAACAGCUUCCGCCUCGCCGUCGCCGGAGCCCCUGCAAACCAAGAACCUUUCAUCCCCACCGCCCUCCACCGCGCAGCGCCCACCUCCUCUGCCCUUCAUCGCCGGCGACCGAUGGAUCAGUUCCCAGACCGGCACCACGUGCGGCUGCGGAGCCGCGCGCUCGGCGGGUACCUCCACGCCGCCGACGACGGGGAGAGCGUCGUCCUCCGCCGGAGCCGGGCCUCGCUGAACGCGGCGUGGGAGGUGCACCUCCGCCCCAACGGAGGCCGCGGCGUGCACCUGCUCCUGCACAGCGCCGCCUACGGCCGCUACCUCGCCGCCAACACGGCCGCGCCGGCGCCGCCCGGCCACCGCGGCUCACGCGCAGAGCAGCGCGACUACGACCAUCCGGUGGUUCCGGACAUCAUGUGGGAGGCCGUCAGGGCGGGCUCCCAGGGCGACGUCAUGCUCCGCACGGUCGGCGGCCACUACCUCCGGGCCAACGGCAGGUACCGCCGCUGGAAGAACGGCGUCAGCGUCGACGGCGACUACAUCACCACCAUGGCGCGCUGGGCUGUCGAGCGCAUCCCCCGCAGAGAGGGCGCGCCUGCCCUUCCACCCCCGAUUCCGAUCCGCGUCCAGGGGCGCCUCUCCGGGAUCAUCUUCGGGCGGCAAGAGCGGGAUGCAUGGCGGACGAUCCGGUUCUUCAUCGAGAACGGCUUUUCCCAGGGGCUGUACCCGGAGAACGGCUGGCACAACUUCCCGUUCCUCGGGAGGUCCGUCUUCCACCUGAGCGAGGAACUCAGCAUUCGCGUCCGCGUCCUCAACGGGAGGCCUGCCCCGCGGCUUCGUCACGUGGUGCCUUCCUUCGGAGAGGCGGACCUGCCCGACGGCUUCGUCAUCUGUGUCCGAGCCGGCCGCCACGGGAGGCUCACCCCGCUCGUCGUCGACCUGCCACGCGGCGGCGACGGCGAGACCCUCGAGAUUAUCGUGGCGCUCUCCGGGACCCAAGUCUAUCACGAGCUGCGACACCCCGAUGUCGACGCACGUAGAGAAAGAUCGGAGCAGGAGUCCUGAAAGUUCACCUGUUCACAAGUUUCGCCGCCUCGGAUGCGAUGACGGCAGAACUGGACGCCUACUUUUGCCUAUGGGAAUAUAGGUUGAGAAAACUCGGCAACACUCGUGUUUCUUCUGCUAGUUAAAUUUGCUCUGUUCCCCUGACAGGCCUCCAAGGGCUGAACAAUUUUGUAGUGAUGCUGGUCAUACUAUAGUUGCUGCAGUGUCACUCUUCUGACAUUCAUCGCUGUGAUGCGAUUUUCACUGUGUGGUUCCUGCAAUGAGUUGAUAAUUCUGCAACUUUUUGUAGAUCAUGCAUUUUAUGAUAACUGGAAAAUGUAGAGGUUUUUGCAGCGAGCUGAUGGUCCUGCAUUCCGUUUAGACUAUGCAUUUCGCGUGUAAAUGAAAAACGCGGUCUGUUCUUCCUAUGAGCUAUCGAUGGUGCUUUUAGUUA